AGGCUGAUGGUGUUGACACGAAGGAGACCUUCAGCGUUGCUCUGACGGAGCGGGACGGGCCCUGGGUUUGGAGGAGAGGACUUUGAGAGCAGAGGACAUUUGAGAGAGGACAUUAUCUGGAUAAAUAUAUUUCAAUAAUGUGUAAUACACCAACUUACUGUGACCCUGCCAAGGAUGUUUUCAACAAAGGAUAUGGGUUUGGAAUGGUCAAAAUAGGCCUGAAAACCCAAUCUUGGAGUGGAGUGGAAUUUUCUACUUCAGGUCAUGCUUACACUGAUACGGGGAAAGCAUCAGGCAACCUAGAGACCAAAUACAAAGUCUGUAACUAUGGACUUACCUCCACCCAGAAAUGGAACACAGACAACACUCUGGGGACAGAAAUCUCUUUGGAGAAUAAGUUGGCAGAAGGUUUGAAACUGACUCUUGAUACUAUGUUUGUACCGAACACAGGAAAAACGAGUGGGAAAUUGAAGGCCUCCAAUAAAUGGGAUUGUUUCAGUGUUGACAUAGAUUUUUCUGGACCAACCAUCUAUGGCUGGGCUGUGUUGGCCUUUGAAGGUUGGCUUGCUGGCUAUCAGAUGAGUUUUGACACAGCCAAAUCCAAACUGUCUCAGAAUAAUUUCGCUCUGGGUUACAAGGUUGCAGACUUUCAGCUGCACACUCACGUGAACGAUGGCACUGAAUUUGGAGGUUCUAUCUACCAGAAAGUUAAUGAAAAGAUUGAAACAUCAAUAAACCUUGCAUGGACGGCUGGCAGCAACAACACCCGUUUUGGCAUUGCUGCUAAAUACAAGCUGGAUUGUAGAACCCCUCUCUGUGCUAAAGUAAAUAAUGCCAGCCUGAUUGGGCUGGGUUACACUCAGACCCUCUGACCGGGAGUCAAACUGACCCUGUCAGCUUUAAUCGAUGGGAAGAACUUCAACGCUGGAGGUCACAAAGUUGGGUUGGGAUUCGAACUGGAAGCAUAAUGUGGU